AUGCAGCGCCAGGUCUUUCAACGUCUGCGGGGAGUCUACUACAACGUCUCGAGUGGCACGCCUGCGCAGGUUUCUAUCAAUACGGUCGACAGCUUUCCUGACGUCAAUGCAUGGCUUAAGGCGGAGGUACAGCAAGCUGUCAGCAAUGACUAUGUAGGAAUGAGAACGAAAUUCGUGCUGGAACCUCCUGCCGUGACGGCACUCCUACGGGCGCAGCAUUACCUUGGGCAGCCCGAAGAUCAGGACGGCACAGUCACUGUGGUUCUCACCGCCGAUUAUCCCGCAUACGGCGACGUGCUCUCGUUUCUGGUGAAGUUCGCGUUUACCGAGCUCUCCCUGCAUCGCCUGUCCUGUACCAUCUUCAACGGGGACGAGAAGCUCGCCGCACUGUACAAGGCUUGCGGGUUCGUCGAGGAGGGGCGGAGGCGGAAGGCGAACCGGGUGAACGGGGAGUGGUGCGAUGAGAUCCUGCUGAGCAUAUUGGAGGAGGAAUGGACCGCUCGGGAGCACAGUGCGGCUCAGUGA